AUGUCCAAACCAAAAGACAUGUCCAACCUCAUCCAACUCACAAAAACCACACAAGCACUCCUCACGCACUACGCCUCGUCGCUCGCCGCACCCACCAGCCAGAGCAGUAACAAUGUCUCGUCGUCACCGUCGUCUUCGUCACCCGAAAUCAGCGAUCCCCUCUCGCUCCUCAAAUCCAGCACCACACUGCUAAAAUCGCACACGACGACGCUCUCGCUGCUGCUCAUCAACCCGCCGUUUACAGCGUCGGCAGUGUCUUCAAAGAUUGGAGACGUGAGUUCAGGGGCGCUGAGUGGCAUGGUAGCUGCCGCUAGCUAUGUACCUCGUGGUAGUAAUAGCAGUAGCAGUAGCAGUGGAGAUGUACACAUGCUUCUACAGACGGAAAUCACAAGUCAAGUGCGCGGGAUCCUGGCGUGCUGGAGCGACGUCUUGAGCUUGGUUUGCCGCAUCGCCGAGGCACAAGCAGCAGCAGCAGCAGCAGUGUCACAACAAGGCAACGGCAAAAGCAAAGGCUCGGUUACAGAGGCUGAAAAACAAAAUGUACUGUCGACUACGGGCGUGGUGUGGGAGGCGUGUGAUGGGCUGGUCAAGCUGUGCGAUGAGGGUGUUGUAGGGCUCGUUGUGAAAAAGGCAGAGGAGUACCGUGCUGUGCUUGUGGAUGCGAUUGACGAGUUGAAGGAGUGGGGGGAGGAUGUUGCUGAUGAGGAUGACGAUGAGGAUGAUGAUGGUGUAGAAGCAAGUGACGAAGAUGAAGACGAGAUAUUCGGGACCGAGAAAAAGUUAUCCAGGGGCGACACGGAAAUCAAAGCGCUCCUGGAUCAAAGUGUCAAGAAGCUGAAGAUGGUGGCGAUGCUGUAUCAAGCGCUGAUUAAGCGGCGGUUGAAGACGUUUCCGGCUUCGACUACUAUAUCGACAUGGACAUUGGAAGAUAACAGCGACAAGAACAAACAUGACAAGGACACGAAUUCCCCACACUCUACCCUCAACGCCCUGAUGCAAAUGCUCAAACGCAUACCCGAGACGGUGGAUGACAUUGCAGGGGCGUUUUACGACUUGGAUGGCGACGAGGCCAAGCACAUGGUGGAGCGGUGCUGUGCAGAAGCCAAGGGCGCUGUGGAGCUGGUGCGGUGUACAUGGGGGACGGGCACGGCGACGGCAACAAGUCCGGGGCGGGAAGACGAGUUUACGGCGUGGUCUGCCAAGUGGAUUGUUGCUUUUGAUAGUGUUGUUGUUGUUGUAUGA